AUCGCUAACACCACUGCGUUGACUGCGAUUGAUACAUGUUGCUGCAUUGAGCUCUGAGUUGCAGUGAAUACAAUUGGCGGCAGCGAACGCAGGGAUUGUGGUGUUGGAUCCUGUGAAGUGUGAAAUGGCUUUCUACAUCCAGUCUGUAAAUAGUGGCUUGUAUCUGGAUGUUAAAGGUGACCAAGAGUCUGCUGGGGCAGAGGUGAUUGUGUAUGAUUUUCAUGGUAAAAGGAAUCAACAGUGGAAGUACAAUAAUGGCAUGAUCUUCAGCAAGUUAAAUAAUCUUGUUCUAGAUGUUGACUCGAAUGACAGAAUUAUAAUGGUUGAGCCCAGUGGAACAGCGAAACAGAAGUGGCAUUUUGAUGAUGACUUUACAGUCAGGAAUGAAGAUGGAACAGUGUUGGAUGUUCAGAAAGGAUCAAAGGAAGCUGGUACAAAAGUCAUAGCUUUCAAGAAGCAUGGAGGACCAAAUCAACGGUUCAGAGUUGUGCCUAUUGACAAAAUUAAAUAAUACACUUGGCUUCCACAGAAUGGUGGUCAGCUUACAUCAUAUAUUACAGCAAACAGUGUAUCCUAAGCUGUCAUCAAAACUUAUGUAUAUAUACCAAUAACAGGCUAUAUAGAAUGUUGAUACAGAAUACACAUAUAAAUUUGUAUUAUAUUCAUUCUCAUUUUCUGAACCAUUGGUCCAACAAAAUUAUACUUAAAUACAGCAGUACUAAGUAAUUCCAACCAAUGCAUAACAUUCUUUAAGUAAUUUAGAUACAAGAAUAAUUGUAUUCUAAAUAGUGAACCUAUUAAAAUUUGAAUUGUGCCAUAAAACUGGCAGUCAUCCAGCACAGCUUUUCCCCAUUUUUAUGUGCAACUUCUGUGAAUUAGUACUGCAGGAAAUUCUAAUUUCAUGAUCCAUUACUUAGAUGGUUAGUGAUUGAACAACUAUUUGUGAAAGGUAAUACACAGGGAAUACCCACACAUGCCAAAAUGUCUUGCAUUUGCUCUGGACAGAUGUUGUAUGUAUGGUUAAGGAAAUUAAAAGCAAUUGACAUACUGUAAAACAAAUAUAAAAUGUUAGAUUUGCUUA